AUCAGACACACAGCUCAGUGUGACCCCCCCCCUGCUGAAAUCGAAAGUAAAAUCGGAGCUCAGCCUCAGUGCAGCGGAGUCCUGACUUGUUGUGGCGUAUCUUCGGUUGAAUCAUUAACAAUAAGCUCCACCCAGUUUGGUUCCUUCCUCUCCAGAGAUCAACGCCUGUGAACAACAGACUUACUGAAGGCCUCGAGAUGAGUGAACGUGGAGCCGAAGGAUCAGGAUCAGGAUCAGGAUCAGGAUCAGGAUCAGGAUCAGCCUCUUCUGCAGCUAGUUUUGUUUAUGUGAAGAGUGACCGCUCCAGAGAAUAUCCUCCAGAUUUAAGCACUGAAUCCAGACCUUCACAAACAGGAUUGAUGGAAGUCAAGAAGAGUAUAUCAGAGGAAGAACCAGCAUCUUCUGCAGUCAGUUCUGUUUCUAUGAAGAGUGACCGCUCCAGAGAAUAUCCUCCAAUGUUCAGCACUGAACCCAGACCUUCAGAAACAGGAUGGACUGAAGUCAAGAGGAAGGGUAAAGCUAAGGGAGGAUCAGCGUCUUCUACAGCCAGUUCUGUUUCUAUGAAGAGUGACAGCUCCAAAGAAUAUCCUCCAAUGUUCAGCACUGAACCCAGACCUUCAGAAACAGGGGAGACAUCUACAUCAAGCAAUUAUCAGAACCAAGACACCCUGAAGGGGUUUGAAUCUAAAGCCAUGGCAUUUUUAAGAAAAGCUCUGAGAACCCAUAAGAAGGUCCUUUCUGGAAAACAACAAGGAUUGCUGCAGGAGGACGUACUUGAUGGUCAACCGGUUGAGUCUGCUGAUGAAACAAAUGAAGCAGCUCUGAAGAUUGCUCUCCAUAUCUUGAGGACCAUGAAUGAAGAUGAACAGGCUCACUCACUUGAGCAAAGUCAUUAUGGAGAGCUUCCAAUGUACCGAAAGAAACUCAGAUCUUCCCUGAAGAGGAAGAAUGAAUUCAUAAUGGAUGAGAUAAACUCACAGCAGUUGCCUGUCCCUCUUAGAAAGAUUUAUACAACACUCUAUCUGUUAGAGGGGGACAGUGGAGAGGUCAACAAUGAACAUGAAGUGAGACAAAUUGAGAAAGCUUUCAACAAACGGAAGUCUUCAGACACUCCGAUCAAGUGUGAAGACCUCUUCAAGCCCAACCAACAAGACAAACCCAUCAGAACGGUGCUCACCAGGGGGAUAGCAGGCAUUGGUAAAACUGUGUUGGCACAGAAGUUCAUGCUGGACUGGUCAGAGGAGAAGGUCAAUCAAGACAUCCAGCUCCUGUUUUCACUUCCUUUUAGGGAGCUAAAUUUGAUUAAAAAUGAAAGAAGAACUUUGAUGGAGCUGCUCUAUGACUUCUCUCCAGGCCUGAAAGAAUCUGGAAUAAAAGACCUGACAAUGUGUAAAGUUCUGUUUCUACUGGAUGGUCUCGAUGAGUGCAGACUCCCUCUGGAUUUCAAAAGAAAUGAGAGAUGCUGUGAUGCUACACAGCCAGCAUCAGUCGAUGUGCUGCUGACAAACCUCAUUGCAGGUAACUUGCUACCAAAAGCGAAUCUCUGGGUAACUACUCGACCUGCUGCAGCCAGCUGUAUCCCUCGAGAGUAUGUAGACCGCGUGACUGAGAUACGAGGCUUUAACAACCUGCAGAAGGAGGAGUACUUCAACAAGAAAAUCGAUGAUGAAAACUUAGCCAGAAGAGUGAUCGCAAACAUAAAGUCGACAAGAAGUCUCUACAUCAUGUGCCACAUGCCGGUGUUUUGCUGGAUUUCGUCUAUUGUCUUGGGAGAAAUGUGCGCCAAAGCAGGCGGAGGAAAAAUGCCAAAGACUUUGACUCAGAUGUACAUCUACUUCCUGGAACAUCAGACCACUCAGAAGCAUGUCAAAUACAGCGAAGAGCAAGAACUGGACUCCCAAGGGGAUAGCAAGGUGAUUAUGUCACUUGGGAAGUUGGCCUUCCAGCAGCUGGAGAAAGGCAACCUGAUCUUCUAUGAGGACGAUCUUAAAGAAUGUGGUAUUGAUGUCAAAACAGCGUCUGUCUACUCAGGAGUGUGCACUCAAGUCUUUAGGGAAGAGUCCUGCAUGCAGCAAAAAGUCUUCUGCUUUGUUCAUCUGUCUGUCCAAGAGUUUCUUGCAGCUUUGUACGUCCAUGUGAUGUACAAGGUCAAUCGUGUAAACCUGAUGAUCAAAGAUGGGAUGGCCCGAGCCAAGUCUGUAUCUGAACUGCACAAAACUGCAGUGGACAGAGCCUUACAAAGUCGCAACGGCCACCUGGAUCUCUUCCUGCGUUUCCUCCUCGGACUCUCUUUGGACUCCAGCCAGGUUCUGCUCAAAGGCCUGAAGAUUCAGGUAGAAAUCUGCGACUCCCAAAGUCAUGAGGAAACCAUCAAGUACAUCAAGGAGAAAAUAAGUCAGACUCGUCCUCUAGAGAAGUACAUCAAUCUCUUCCACUGUCUCAAUGAGUUAAAUGACCACUCUCUGGUGGAGGAGAUCCAGAGCCACCUGGACUCACACAGAGACUUGGUGAUGGACAAAAGUUCUGCAGCUCAGUGGGCAGCUCUGGUCUUUGUGUUGCUGACCUCACCGGAGAAGCCAGAGGAGAUCCAGCUCAAGAAAUACUCCAGAACAGCAAAAGGCCUUAACAUGCUCCUACCAGCCAUCAAAGCAUGCAGAUCCGCCAUGCUGAAUGAUUGCAAUCUCACUGCAGACUGCUUAGAGGUGCUGUCCUCCACGCUCAGCUCGAGCUCUAAUGAGCUGAAUCAUUUAGAUUUAAGUGAUAACAACAUACAAGACUCAGGAAUCAAGCACCUCUGCAACGGACUGCAAAGCCCAAACUGCAGACUGAAGACGUUGAGGCUGAACCGAUGCAAUCUCACUCAGAAAUGUUGUAAAUCUCUGGCUUCAGUCCUGAGCUGUCCUUCAUCACAUCUCAAAGAGCUGGACUUGAGUGACAAUGACAUUGAAGUCUCUGGAGUGCAGCUACUCUGCAAUGGACUGGCAAAUGUGUGCUGUAAACUGGAAACCCUCAGGUUGUCGUUCUGUAACAUCACAGAGAAAGGUUGUGCUUUUUUGGCCUUGGCAGUGAAGUCCAACCCAUCCCACCUGAGUGAACUGGAUCUGAGCUACAAUCACCUUGGAGAGUCAGGAGUGAAGCUCAUCUCUGAAGCUCUGGAGGAAGGACGAUGUGAAGCUAAACUCAGAGUCGACCACAAUGCAGAACACUGGUAUAAACCAGGACUGAGACAAUAUGCAUGUAAGCUUACAAUGGAUCAUAACACCGCUCACAAACGUCUCAUCCUCUCUGACGAGCCCCCAACAAUUACCCAGGGCAGCGAGAAGCAGCCAUAUCCCGAUCACCCUGACAGGUUUGACUACUGGUCCCAAGUCCUGUUCAACGAGGGCCUGACAGGCCGCUGCUACUGGGAGGUGGAGUGGGAAGGAAAAUGGGCAGCGAUCGGAGUGACCUACAAGGGCAUCAGUCGCAAAGGGCCAGAAAAUGACUGUGUGAUAGGCUACAAUGGCAUAUCUUGGAGUCUGCACUGUUCUUCUAAAGGCUACCAUGUGUAUCAUAACUUCGAGAGCAUCGUCGCUCGUGUCCCUCUGGGUGAUUCCCGUGGACUGGCUGUGUAUCUGGACUGGGAUGCCGGCAUCCUGUCCUUCUACAGAGUUUCUUCUGGAAGGUCGCUGACACACCUGCACACCUUCUUCACCAAAUUCACUGAGCCUCUCUACCCAGUUUUCAGAGUGUGGGUGAAGGGCUCCUCAGUGAGGCUGUGUCAGGUGAAAGAAUAGAAAGAAAAGACUGAACGACAGAUGCACGCUAUUCACUGAUGAUUGGUCUUCUUCUGAUCAAAGCAAUCAGAGUGAUCAGAUGGAGGUCAUUGAACCUUUUUACCAUUUAUAUUAAACAGUAUUAAGUUCUUUAAAUUCAGAGAAAACAACUGAAAACUAUUUGAACUUUACAUUACUGUCCUCUGUCCAGUGUUGCCGCACCUGAAAUUUUGAAUUAAAAUGGCAAAAAAUACUUUAUCUGGCGAGCAGUAGCUGUGGAGAUUGGUUCUUUAGGUGAGUUUAAAAUGGUGUCCGCACAUGAUUUUAUGUAUUAUGGUAGCUUAUAUGCAUAUACGUAUAUAUAUUUCAGUAUGGAAAAUGUAUUAAAUUAUUAUCAAUGAGGGUUCAA